AUAGUCUUUGCCAUACAUCCGUCAUUCCUCAUUCCGUCAAAUAGAAAAGUUGUAUAAAAACGAACAAGUUUUACGGCAACGUCCGAAUGUCAGUGAAUGUUACGAACACAAUAUUUUGAAAGACAUCGCCGUGAUUGAAAUCAUAGGCGAAGAGGUAAACUCAAAUAAUGGAGUCAACAAAACUUCGUUCCGAACUUCGAAACCAAUUAACAAGAUUUCUUCACCUGGGAAGAGAAGAGCCUAAGUAUUACCCUGGCUGCUGGUCAUCUCAUGACUAUUAUGAUGUGUCUAAGUUGAAAGCAAUAGAUUAUGCGCUCGCAAAUGGGUCUAAUAAUACUGAGGUUGUCGAUAUAAUUCUUAAGGCAUACAAACAAGGUUGGUGUACUAGAUUUGAAACAAUUGCAUUUGCUUUAACUAAAUGCCUAUUACAUGGUUCACCUGCUGUAAAAGAGGCAACAUAUAAAGCUGCAUCUGAAAUAUGUGUCAGUGCUGAACAGUUAAUGAUAUUCAACAAUUUCACAUGGGUUUUAAAAACUGGUAAUGGUCGAGGUUGGUGCAAACAUGUUAGAGAGUGGUAUUUGAAGAAAGAACCAAUGGAACUUGCAAAGGAAUUAACAAGAGUUAAAUCAAGACAUGGCCGGUCACAUAAAACUCUGCUCCGUAAAUCUCAUGUAAAAAUUGCUGAAAAUGAUCAUGCGCGUGGAGCAGUUAUAAAAUACGGGCUUUUUGGUUUAAAGCGGGCUAAGCAACUGGUUGAUAAUGCUGAAGGAACAAAGGAAAUUUUUGAUUACAUUCAAAAAGUUGAAGACUUUCGUCGAUGUGAAGACCCAGUAGCUGCGGCAGCAAUUGUCCGAAAGAACUCAUUUACACUUGAUCAUGUUCCAGGACAUCUACUUACAUCACAGGAGGUCUGGAAUGCAGUUUUACCACAACUUUCACUUGAAGAUGUGUUGUUGAAUAUCCAACGUAUCCAUAACAUGGGUUUCUUAGCUGCUGAUUCAACAACAACUGCUAUUAUUGUUUCUAUGCUGAGUGAUAAAAAUGUUAUCAAGAAAUCACAAGUUACUCCCCUUGCUGUUUAUAUUACAAUGGUCAAUUAUCAGAAGAAAUCAAAACCUCUCAAAAGCCAGAAGGCUAAAGUAGCGAUCGAUAAGGCGACUCGUCGUCGCUUGCGACAGGAGUUCGACAACGAGACCGGCGAGUGGCUGUGGACUGUCACCAGAAGACAUCCUAAAGAAGUCAAGACAUGGGGUAUUGAAAAGCAGCCGAACCAAUUGGUGAUUGAUGCAAUGCAGAAACUGAUUGACCACACAUGGCUGCUCACACCACCCACUAAUGUCCGCUACCUAAUCACCUUGGAUAUGAGACACCAUAUGUUUAAAGGUCGUCACUUCUGCAAAAACUUUACAGUACCAAAGAAAGGUAAAAAGACGGUGACUAAAACGUCGCCGGGCGGCGGUGGGGAUGCUGAUACGGUUAAAGUGGGCAGCAAGAAGCGCUUGUCCGCUGAGUGCUUCUUCAAUAGAAAUAUUACACCCGGACAUGCUGCAAUAAUUCUUGCUCUACAACUACUGAAGCGAGAGAAGAAUGUCAACUUGGCUGUGUUCACUGACGCCGGCAUUGAACUCGUCAAAAUUGAUCCCAAUUUCAGUACCAUCAGUGAAACUGAGUUUGUAUUGAGGAAAUCGAAUCUCGGAAAGGUCCAGUUGGACGCGCCUAUAGAGUGGGCUCGCAAUAACAAUAGGAAGUUUGAUGUGUUCAUCAACAUGGUGGACCGUACUACGCGUUACAUGGAGCUGGACCUGAAGGAGCGAGGAGGGCGUGGUCCUGGCGGCAAGUAUGCCCCCCCGCCCCCGGCCGGCUCAGAGCUCGUCGACCACUGCCCUGCGCGUGCGCUGCAGCGUUACCGUGCUCAAUACGUACACGAUGCUAAAUUGAUCGUGAUGUCCCUCGCGUCGCUCCGCGUGAUGACAACCGACGGUUCACACAACGGCAUCCUCGAUAUAGUCGGCAUCGACGAACAUGUGCCCAAAGUUAUGGACGCGUUCGCACUAGGACAAUUCGAGUAAGAGAUUAUUAACUCGAAUAACGCCCUUUGUACACAAGAUAAAGUAAAUCUUGAACCCGACUAUUUACGUCGAAAAGCGACUUAUCCAACACAUUGUCACAAAGGUACACAGCCACCGACAUUUUGUUUAUGGCCAUCACCAGUCGCUGACAACAUCUUUGUCAUUAUUGUUAUGAGAAAAGUUGCGAUUUCGAAGAUGGCGGAGUAAAUCUAUACAGUUGACGUGAUCUCUAUGUCUGGGGGUCAGACAAAGCGCUUUAAAGCGAUUCGAUAAUGUAUGAAAUUGACGCACGAAACUCGCAUGACUUAUCGAAAGUUAUUGUCAGUUCUAUAAAUUUUUGAAUUUCGCCAUGGAAUCGCCUCGAAGCGAAUGCAUUUUGUCUAACUGUACGAAACUAAUAGACGACUUGUGCCGAAGAUGCAACGUUGCCUUGUGUACGAAGGGCCUGAGUGUUCGAUCUCGAACAGUUCUAAAGAGUAAGCGCGUAUACGAACACAAUCUUACUCGAACUCGAUCACUACAAGUGAAUAGUUCGAGUGAGCGGAUAAGUUUUUGCUCGUUCAAGAUAGUAGACGUUAGUUAUGGGACUGUUCGAAUUCGCACUUAGCUAUAUUCAAAUCUUUUUAUUGGCACCAUAUGUAGGCAUAGAGUUAUUAUUUGGCUUAUUGAUAUAUAAUCAGUAUAUUAUAAGAGAUAUAUAAUUGUAUAUGAGUUUAAUCAUUCAUUAUAUACCAAUAAUAUGAGUGAUUGCUCACAAUAAUUGUUUAUCAAUGCAAUAUACUUAACAAUGGCCUAUAUAGUGUUAAUUUAGCUAUCAUUAUAUGUUAAGCAUAGAAACUAUAUAUUGGGGUUGAUGGCCUAUAAAAAAAAACUACGUUUUCCAAGAAAUAUUUAAAGUAUUUUGUAUUUAAUUUAUAGCAAUAUUCUGAUUAGUUUUAAUAGGUAAGUCAUUUGAUUUGUCUAAUCGAUUUCUUUACAUGUCUAAUAACUCUAUGUCUUUAUGUGGUUUUAUAAAUCUCAAUCAACAAUCAAAAGAAUACCUCCUUUACCUCAGUAUUGAAUUGUUUUUAUGACAAAAAAUUAACCACAGUGUGUUCUGAAAACCGUAAUAAAAUUUGGUCUAAAGAGAUUUAUAUUACUGAUAUUUUAUUCCGAAUUAUACUUUCGCUUCAACGGUAAUAGGGCACAAGUUUUUGGAAUGCCUAUGUAUGUCAUGUUAAUGGUAAAAAAAACUUUUUUGUGAAGUUUGCCUUUUUGUUAUUAUUGUAUAAUAUAUAAAAAAAGUGAAUGUUUUCGAGCAACGAACAAGAGUGCUAAAUAUAUUUGAAUAUAGUCGAAAAUGGAUUUGCGAGAGUCCAAGAGACCGACUCAUUUCUCAGGCAAGUUUCUCGCUUUUAGAGGUUCCAGCUUCUCCAGGUUCGAUUGUAUCUUAUAACAAUAAGAAUUGCAUUGUUUUUCAAGAACAUCACUUAAGGAUUAUUGAUACCAGAUCUCUUUCUCUUAUCGCUAUGGCCAUGAGAUGAAAUUUAUAAAUGUUUUGCUUGUUUUUUAUUCGCAUUAUAAGCUUGUAGCGUUUUGUUUUAGCUAUAUUUUUUAUUAUUAAGAACUUUUUAAUGUAUACUUUAAUUUCGCUUGUUAAGAAUUAAUAUGUUGUGUCCAAAUGAGUCUAAAAAUUUAAUUUGUUUUGUUUGGUACAUGUUUUAAAAAUGUUUCACACGAUGAGCUCUUUUACAACCGUAACAUUCAAGGGUUUUAAUGAGUUUUGUCUAUAUUUAUGUUACUAUGGUUUGCUAAAUUCUAUAGACGAUUUUGAUUUAUAAAAUCCACUUUUAAAAUCAGUUGGGUAGGAACUGAAAACUAUGAAUAUGUCAAAUGGAGAAGACUAACUAAACCUAAUAGAUGUAGUUACAAUGAGCCUCAAAAGGUGUUUUUACGGUUGACUAACUAAUAAACAAUCUAUCAUCUUUUAGUAGUUAGUUUGAUAGUGUUUUAAAUAAAUAAACCUAAUCUUAAUACUUAAACAUAGUGUAAGUUUUACAUCGUUUUAACCUAUUGACAUAGAAAUUUUCGGAUUUCUUAAAAACCUUUCAUAGUAAGGUAUACGAUCGUAUUACCCAUUGACGUAUAGCUGUUGCUUGAUUAGUUGAGAACUAAUCUUGUCGAAAUUUCAUACGUGGACUUUAUAAAGUGGCCUGUAUUGUGGCAAACUUAUAGAUAUAAAAAACCAUAUGUUACAGGGUCUUUUUGGUUAUACGAAACUCGGCUUCUGACGCUAUCUUAACAAAUUGAUAUGUGUUCAAUACAGCAAUAAUUAAAGUUGACAGUAUAUUUGGGUAAAAAUUAACCAAACAAAACCGACUUAUGUGACUUCCAUGGUUGAAUUUUUCGAGUGCCAGUGCUUUAUUAAUAGUUAUUGAGUUUCAAAUUUGUGAUCUUUCCUAUUUGCCAAAGUUUAAUAAUGCAUUUGUAAUUUAAUUCCUAAAGUACUGGCCACGAAAUAAAUGUUCAUUAGCAAUUAUUAUAGCAUAUCUUUUCGUAUCAUAGAUAAAUUGGAAACUGAUACAUGCUCAUAGUUGUUAAUUACAUUUGCCUUGUUUUGUCAUAAGAUUCUUAUGUCGUUUUGUUUAUGCAGUAAUAUUUUUGUAGUUGUAACAACUCUAUGUAAUAUAUUUAUUGCGUGGUGAUGGGCAAGUAUCAGCUUUCAUGGAAUAGUGUAAGUAAAUCCGUUUCGACGUGUUAGCUACUUUUGUACUGAUAUAUGAACGGACUUUCAGAAUCUGUGAUCACUUGGUACUCUCUCAGAUAUAAGAAUUUUUUUUUGUAUCUCAUAAUGUUGAAAUCAUCAAAAGUUAGUUGUGAUUCCAAAUUGUUAGUUAUAUUUCCUAGUAUUAUACUUUUUUUAAAUGGCAAGAGCUAUUGUAGCUUUAAGAUUCUAUUGGUGGGCACUGAUAAUUAUUUUUAUUAUAAAAUUGGAUAUAAAAUUUGUGUUUUAAAUAUUUCUAUAUUAUUUUUGUUUCUUUUUUUGCAGUUUGAUUUUUUUGUGAUAACGAAAUCAGUGUAACGUGUAUUACUAUAUUAAACAACGCUUAUAUCUCUAAAAUAGCAUUCUGUGAUUAAAUGAUGCCUUGGCGACUUCAUAAUUAGUGAUAAAAUUGCUAUAAAUGAGCCGAUUUUUCUUUUACACUCAAGAAAAAUAUAUCUUUUAAAUAAUUAAAAAGAAAAUGGCUAGUAUGUAAGGGUAGCAAAAUGUUUUUAUUAAUAAACGCUGCAUUAUAAUUACAGUCGAAGAGUGUUGUUACAAUCACAAUAACAUUAGCUUGUAAGUUGUUCUGAAAUGUAAUAUGUUAUGUUUUUUAUGUAGGUUCUGACAAAAAGCAUUUGAUCCGUCCUGUAUGAAGAUAUAUGUUAUUUCUCCAAUUUUCGAUAAUUUUUAGCUGUAGCUUACAUUUUAUUUAACCCAUUCACCGCAGCAUGUCAACGGCACCACACUACAAAAUGUAAUAACAUUUUAAAAUGUAUUUGCAUGUUUGUUUACAUAUUAAAUAAAAUUACAACUUUUGCCUCUUA